UCCCGCCGCUGACUUCCUGUUUGGUUCGUAACCAAGGGCUUCCCGUUGUUAAGGGAGCUGGCGGCGGAGCCUGUGCCAGGGAGCCGGAGCCGAGGGGGCUGCAGGGACCCCAACGCCCCAACAUGAGCAGUGGCGACGCCGCCAGCGGCUCCUCCGCCUCGGUCCUGGCCGAGCUGGACUGGGACGAUGGGUUCGCCAUCCCCGUGGCCAACGCGGAGAACAAGGCGCUGGAAGAGGAACUGCAAAAGUUGCAGAAAGAAAAAGCAAACCUAAAAAAUCAGUUGACUGAUUUUGAAGAGCGUAUUGAGGCAAUGACAUCACAUUUGAAAAACGUCAGACAGGAGUUCAACUUUACACAGUCUCUUUACAGAGCCAGAGAGAAUGAAAUUGAAACCGAAGAGCACUUUAAAGCCCUUGCUGAGAGAGAGCUUGGACGUCUCAAAAAAGAGAUUCAACGGCUGGAAAAUCAGAUGGUUUCCUUAAGGGAAAAGAAAAAUAGUCAAGAAAAUAAUAUAUUCAAAGCCACUCAGAAGCUGGAAGCCUUAAGAUGCCAGAUGAACUGGGAUCAGCAAGCUCUGGAGGCCUGGUUAGAGGAAUCAGCUCAUAAAGACAAUGAUGCAGUAACAAUCCAGAAGUAUGCUCAAGAGGAUGAUGGGAAAUUAAGAGUGCUGACCCAACAGAUAGAAAAGAUGACUAUGGAAGCUAAUCAGAAACACAAAAUUCUUGAUAAUGAGCUUACAGAAACCAUAAGUGCUCAGAUGGAGCUGGAUAAGGCAGCUGAAGAUUUUCGCAGAGUUCACCAUGAAAGGCAAGAGCUGAUCAGACAGUGGGAAAGUACAAUAGAGCAGAUGCAGAAAAGAGAUCAAGAAAUAGAUCACUGUGCUUUGUUAUUAGCCCAGGUAAGACAGGAGAUCCGAAAGAAAGAAGAUGUGAUUAAAGAGAAGAUUCGUUUUUUGGCAAACGAGACUGGGAAUAACGUGGAGUAUGAAAAGAGAAUUUCUGUUGCUGACCGGCAAGCUGCCAAACUCCGAUUAGAUUACCAAAACCAAGAUGCUUAUAGAGUUCAACUCCAGGAUGAGCUGGAUACUUUAAAAGCCACUGUGGACAGAACUGCUUCUGAUUUAGAAUCUCUGAGAACAGAAAUGGCCAAUCUGAAGAAAGAAAUCCAGGAAAAACACGUCAGGCUAAGCCAUGUUAAAGAUCAGAAUGUGAAUCUUUCAAAUAAACUGAAGUUUGUGACUGAGAAGACAUUGAGUUUAGAAGAAAAAGCUUUCAGGAUGGAAGAAAUACUAAAAGAAGAGGAGAAAAUUGUUAAAGAAAAAGAAACACAAAUGAACAAGUUGAAAGAACUCCAUUUCAAGAAAACUCAGGAGUUACAGAUACAGGGGGAGAAGGAGAAAUCUAUUAUUGCAGAAAUCGAGGGAACCCGAGCAUCACUUAAAAACCUUAACAGUCGUUUACGUAUACUUGAUGCAGACACCUUAAAGCAACAGGAAAUCAUGUAUAAUCAGGAUUUUUAUAUUCAGCAAGUGGAACGACGAUUGUCACGGUUAAAAGGGGAUGUUAAUACAGAUGAAAGGCAAGUUCUGGAAGCAAAAGUUGCCGAACUUACAAAGACCUUAGAAGAAAAGAAAGAUGCAUAUAAUCUUUUACAUGCCCAGCACAAGAAACUUCAGAGCGAUGUCCAUUUUAUCAAGAGAGCAAUGGAUAAGACAGGAGAAGAAAUGACUGGUCUGAUGAUCAGAAUAGAUGAACUAAACCUUUUCAAUGACAAAUCAGAUAAAGAGUUAAAAAAAGCCAAAGCUCUUAAGCAGGAUUUGAUGAUUGAAGAUAAUCUCUUAAAAUUGGAAUUGAAACGUCUUCGAGAUACGCUGUACAACAAAGCAGAGCAAGUUCUCUCACUGGAAAAACAAAAGCUACAGUUAAAUACAGCUAUGGAAGAAAGAACUGAAGAAAUUAAGGUUCACAAGGCAAUGAUUGAAUCACAGAUAAGAUUUGUGGAGCAGGAACGGCAAAGUGUAAGUGCUGAAUUUCAAGACCGUCUAAGUAAAAUUGAAAAACUAAGAUGCAGAUAUGAAAUUCUUACCAUCGUCAUGAUGCCUCCUGAAGGAGAAGAGGAGAAAACUCAGACCUACUAUGUCAUUAAGGCUGCCCAGGAAAAGGAGGACCUUCAACGUGAAGGUGAUGAUUUGGAUGCAAAGAUCCGCAAAGCUGAAAAAGAAGUCAUAGCCCUGCAAAAUACCAUGCACGUACUUAAUAACUGCAACAGCAAUUACCGGAACUCUUUUAAAACAGUGACAGAGACAAGUGAGGAGUACAAAGAAAAGCUGCACUUAGAAGAAGAGAAAAGAGCUGCUGAUGAAAAAUACAGAUACAAGCGAAGACAGAUCAAGGAGCUUCAAGACGACCUUCAGAGUAUGGAAAACACUUUAGACAUCAUGAUAAAAGAGGAGGCUGUCUACCAAGAAAAAACAAAUGAGAAGCAAGCUCAUAUUUUGCAGCUGAACAAAGAAAUAGGUCAACAGAAGCCAAAGUUAGAAAGAGUCAUGACACAGUGUUCCAGACUGUCCAAAGAAGUUCGAUCUUUAAAGAAAAGUAAAACUAAAACACAGGAGGAAGAAGACAUUGACCUCCGUGAGCUGAAAGACUACAGCAGAACCAUUGACAAAUUGUUGGUUGAUGUAUUAGAAGCAAACCCUGAUUUAACUCUACCCUUUCAAACAUACUUUCAACAGUCCUGUUUAGAACUUCCUACAGCUGCUUCCAUAGGUAGUUAUUACAGUUCUAGAUCUUCUUCACAAAGCUCAGUGGCCUCUGUCAGAUCAACUAGGAGCACCCUGGGUUCAACUUCUGGCCAAGCAUCCUCACUUAAAAUUAUAGAUCUGAGUUUAUCGUUCAGUUCGCCGGCAGCAACAGGAAGUGCUGGUUCACGGCCUUCCAGUGCAGGUAGCAGCUCUAGUAGUCUUCAUAGCAGAAGGAGCCUGAAAUAAUAUUUCAAACUCCACUACAGCUGACUCACAUCACACUAGUACUUCUGAAUUGGUAAAAUUGAUUUAAUGCAUAUUUCCUUAUUUAGAACUAUCUUGUUUAUUAGAAAUUUACUAGACUGAAUGAAGUCCAUAUUUUAAUUUAGUGGCUGGGCAAAUGUAUGUUGUACACAAUGCAUUAAAUGAUCAAUUUGGCAGAGACUGUUUAACAAAUAAAACUUUAAAUUAAA